UUGACAGCAUUGCCAACACAUGGUUUGCCAAACAAUACUUUAUUCAAUCAAAUUGUCAUUGAUUUGUGUCAUMAAUACUUUAUUUUAUCUUUCAAUUGGUUUUGUUUCGGUGAUAGCAAACAAUGGCCGCCUCAGAGUUAACGACACGACUAACUGACCAAAUCAUGAGUGAUAUGGACUCAGAUCUCACUGAAGUGGACACAAAGUCGGCGUCCAUUAGUUUUGACAGCGAUUGGCGAAAAUUGGCCAUUGAUUUGGCAAAGAUGUCGACAGACUUUGAGUUUCGUUUUGCAACAAAUGAAGAACCAAUUAAAGUGAACAAACAUUUUCUUCUGCUAAAGAAUUGCCACAAAUUAUUGAAUCAAUCGGACAAUCAUAUUGUUGUCAAUGAUUGCAAAAGAGAUGAUUUAAAAGCUAUAAUUGAUUGGUUAUACAGUGGCAAUGAUAAGCUGGACAUCGAUGAUAAUAAUAUUGAUUCAAUGAUUAAAGUCAGUAUAAUCUUAGGUCACGACUCAAUGUAUGAGAAGUUAGAUCUUAGAAAACAAAGACUGAAAAUCGUUGACGAUAUGAAUGAAUUUAUGAAAUUAUCGGAAAAGAUCAACUCAUUUGUGACCAAAAGAAGUAAACGAAAAGAAUCGUUCAACGAGUCGUCGAUUAAACGGUUUGCCGCCGACAACAGUGAUCAACCAUUYCUUAAAUCAGAUCAAAAUGAUGUAUCACUCGAUGAUUUGGAUAAUAAAUCGAUAGAUGAAUUAGUAGAUAAUGCUAUUGAUGAAGACAUUAUCAAUAGAAGUAACAUUUCAAUGGACCAAUUAGUGACCGAUCAUUCRAUAUGUAAGUUAAACUCAAGUACCCAAUCGGUUGGAUCAGUGGCCGAUGACAGUCCCGAAGUGACGAGCUAUCAAAACUCAAAAUCAAUUAAAACAUAUUCAUCGAUAAUAAAACCAAGAAUCAGUUCAUUGAAACCAAGGAUCAGUUCAUUGAAACCARCAAUCAGUUCGACAAAAUCAGUCAAUAAAACGGUUGACUACACUAUCGAUAAGUAUUUGACGCACUCUAAGACCAAUGUCGACACAAACGUAUGGAACAGUUGUUUCGUACCAAACAAUUCAGAGAAUGAUCGACACGUGAUAGCAGUAGUCGGAGGAAAGUGUAUUAAUUGGUAUGAUUUGGACGACUCGUACAAACCAUUGGGCACUUUUGAAGCGCCCAAUAAUAAUAACCUACGGUGUGUGGCCUACACUCAGUUUAUCGUUGAAAAUAAUAAAUUUAUUAAUGUCUGUGUCAUUGGUUCCGAAUGGUUCAUCUAUUUUUGCAAAGAACCUGAAGAUCAGCAAUUGGUAACAACUUAUGACAGUUUAAACGUUGACGCAGAAGAGGUGACAGCCAUUGUAUUUAAUCCGAAAAAACCCAAUUAUUUGAUGUGCGGUACAUCCGAUCAUAAGGUUAUUGUCUGGAAAUUGGUUUUUAAUUUAGACGGAACUCUUGUCAAAAGCCAGUCAUCCAUUGUUUUAAGAUUCACCACUAGAUUCACAAUUAUUUCAUUAGUCUAUAUCGACAAAUAUGACUGUUUGAUCGUUUCCGGCGAAUCUAAUGAAUUGCUUUUUAUUGCAGACAUUUCUAAAGAAAAACCAUAUCAAGGCUCCUUGACUUUGGGCCGCAAAGUAAAUUGUGUGUCCAGUAUGAUUUACAUACCGGACAACUCAAUGAUUGUAUUUCGUUCAGUCUCUUUGGAUUGUUUGCAAACUAUUUGCAAUUUGGAUCAAAUGAUGUCAACACUGAAACAACUGAAAAAACAAGCAGAAAACAAGUCAUCGAAGACCAAUCAGAUCUAUCAAUUAUCCUAUAAAAUGGGUCCAACAUUGAAGCACUCAAAGUGUCCAAAUGAGUCGGCCAUCGAGUUUAUAUCGAUGACAUACAACUGUGGACUUAUAGCAUGUGGUGAUUAUUCUGGAAAGAUAUUUGUCUAUAAAGUUAUUGAUUUAAAAGUUAGGAAUUGUGUCGAACCGGUUCUCAUUCUCGGUGAAGAUAUCACAUGGACUAAGAAUCCGACAAUMAUUCGAUCAGUUUGUAUGAGUGAUGACAAUAAGUUUAUUAUAUCGACGACAAACACCAAUAUGGUAUGCAUUUGGAAGUCUUAA